CAAAUAACAACCUAUCUUAGAAAAAAGAAAUGGCAAUUCCUAACAUUUCAAUAAACAAAAGGUCAUCAGAGAUUGUGUUUUUCGACCUGGAAACAAACGUUCCAUCUAAACCUGGACAGAAAUUUUGGGUGUUGGAGUUUGGUGCAAUGGUAGUUUGUUCAAGAAAGCUUGUUGAACUUGAGAGUUACUGCACUCUUAUUAAGCCAGGGGACUUGUCAGUUGUAGGAUUAAAGUCAGGGAGAAUUGAUGGGAUAACGCGAAAAGCAGUUGCAGAUGCACCUUCAUUUGAACAAGUUGCACAGAACAUCUUCAACAUUUUGGAUGGUAGGAUUUGGGCAGGUCAUAACAUACAAAGAUUCGAUUGUGUUCGUAUUAAAGCUGCUUUCGCUGAAAUUGGUUGCCCUGCACCUGUGCCUGUUGGAAUUAUCGAUUCCUUAGGUGUUUUGUCCGAAAAAUUUGGUAAAAGAGCUGGAAACAUGAAGAUGGCUUCAUUGGCAGCUUACUUUGAUCUCGGGGAGCAAAAGCACAGGAGCUUAGACGAUGUUCGGAUGAAUUUGGAAGUCCUAAAACAUUGUGCAACAGUUCUAUUUCUUGAAUCAAGUCUACCAGAUUUGUCAAUUGGAAAUUGUCAAGGCACUUCCAGCAUUACUACAAGAAGUAGAAGCCAAGUGCAAAAUAUUCCAAGUUCUCCGAUCGAUAAGUGGCAGAGUAAUCCUUCCUCAAUAACAACAAGGAGUAGUAGCAAAGGGAAAUUUCCGUGUAGAGAAGAAACAAGCCGGAAAUCUCCUCAAUCGACAAGUGCUAUUGGAUAUCAAAGAACUGUUCCUUACGCAAGACAAAGCUUGGGAAAGGUGACUGCAGGUGUGAGGAACUUGUUGUGUAAAGCUCAAAACAAGCCUCUGAAUACUUUACUAAAGCAUUCACAGACUCUCUUUCGAUGAACACGAAGAAUCGAUCUAUAAUUCUCAUUUAUUGGAAGUUCAAGCAUAAGGGGUGCAUAUAUACCUAGAAAGUUAACCUUCUUGGAAAAUGUCUGGAGGAAAUUUUUUGGUCCCCCCUAUGUGCCUACUUAUGGGAAAUUCACUUGGUUCUUUUAAGUUGCUAAUUCAAGUUCUAAAUUAACUAGUCUGUAUUCUUUGGUUACUGAUUCUUUAAGUUAUGGAAUUCUGUAAAUGUUUGUACCUCUCAAUGAAUAAAUUUCAGCUG